AGAUCUAUCGAUGGGUAACCAUAUUUGACCAGAAGUUCCGUAACUUUACCUGUAGUUGCAUCGAUUCCGAAAGGAAUUGGUGUUCAAUCGACCGGGUAAUCUAUGUCUCCCCCUCACCCAUUGUAAUGAACAAUCACCUCCUCAUUAGCUUUUUUAUCAACGACUCCAAUGAAAAUAACUCCAAUAGUUAUCACGUAUUCGGAGGACCAAUGAUUGUGGAGGCGCUCAAGAAUUCAACAAAACCUUUGGAAGAAUUGUGGAAAAUGGGAAUGGAAGUGCUGAGCCUCCAGACAAAUAUGGGCACAAUAGUGGUGAAGCCGUUGGAGACGAGUUCGCACCGGUUGGCCAAAUUCGAGUUACUCGUGUUCAUAUUCACCCUGGUCAUGUUCAUAUGCACUGUACUGCUAUGUCUGGCCAUCAUCUGCUCGUGUGCCAAACGAAAGAGCGUUGAUAUGAAUCAGAUUCAACUCAAUAACGCCAAUCGUCGCCAAACGUCUACAAUCAAUGGCUUUGAUCUGAAUUCCGCGUCUAAUAUAUUAAGAGAUGAAAUCCAUGAGAAACGUAAUCACAAUGUGAUAAACCUGGAGGACGGGUGGGUAGCGCCGAUAGAUAAUGUCAUUGAUAAGUGUGGUAAUUAUGAUAUGGGAAUGGAAGUGCUGAGCCUCCAGACAAAUAUGGGCACAAUAGUGGUGAAGCCGUUGGAGACGAGUUCGCACCGGUUGGCCAAAUUCGAGUUACUGGUGUUCAUAUUCACCCUGGUCAUGUUCAUAUGCACUGUACUGCUAUGUCUGGCCAUCAUCUGCUCGUGUGCCAAACGAAAGAGCGUUGAUAUGAAUCAGAUUCAACUCAAUAACGCCAAUCGUCGCCAAACGGCUACAAUCAAUGGCUUUGAUCUGAAUUCCGCGUCUAAUAUAUUAAGAGAUGAAAUCCAUGAGAAACGUAAUCACAAUGUGAUAAACCUGGAGGACGGGUGGGUAGCGCCGAUAGAUAAUGUCAUUGAAAAUGAGAAAAUUACUAAAUAUGAUAAUCUUCAGGACACGAAACUGUAAAAUACAU